AUGGCUAUCCUGGAUAUUCCGCCCAAGGAGGCUUCAGUAUGGCCUGUUACACUGGGCAUUCUGUCGUGGGUGUUUUGGUCGAACUUGACCAUUUUAUUCAAUAAAUGGGUGAUUGAGUCCACUGAAUUUAGAUACCCAAUCAUCCUAACAACAUGGCAUCUCGUCUUCGCAACCCUUGCUACUCAACUUCUCGCCCGAACCACCACCAUGCUCGACGGUCGCAAGAGAAUGCGUAUGGACGGCCGAACCUACGUCCGCAUGAUCAUCCCCAUCGGCAUUCUUUACAGCGGUAGUCUCGUCUGCAGCAACAUCGUCUACCUCUACCUGAAUGUUUCCUUUAUUCAAAUGCUCAAAGCCUGUGGCCCAAUAGUAACCCUCCUCACCAGCUGGGCCUGGCAUGUCAAAACCCCGUCGCUUGAAUCCUUCCUCAACAUCCUCCUCAUUGCCUUCAGUGUCGCCCUCGCCGUCGCCGGCGAAGUCCAAUUCUCCUGGCUCGGCGUCAUCUACCAACUCGCCAGUCUUGUCUUCGACGCCAACCGUCUUGUCAUGAUCCAGAUCCUGCUGUCAGACGAGGGCCAGAAAAUGGAUCCCCUGGUGACACUGUACUACUCUGCACCGGUGUGCGCUUUCACGAACUUUAUGAUCGCGUUUUAUACUGAGCUGCGCGGGUUCAGUUGGAGUGUGGUUGGGGAGACUGGGUUCGGGGUGUUGUUAGCGAAUGCCGCGGUGGGGUUUAUGUUGAAUGUGUCGAUUUUUGUUCUGAUUGGGAAGACAUCCGGUUUGACUAUGACGCUGGUCAGUGUGCCAAAGAACAUCCUAUUGAUUGUUUGUUCUGUGGUAAUUUGGGGCACGCAGAUCACUUCGCUUCAGAUGGUUGGAUAUGCGAUUGCGCUGUUUGGGUUGUUGUAUUAUUCUCUGGGGUGGACGACUAUUAGGAGGGCAUAUGAUUCUGGGUAUGUCAGGCUGGUUGGGAGACAAGUAGAGAGGGUGGAGAAAGAGGAGGAAAAUGUAUAG